CAAAGAAAACCUCAUCUUCAUCCCUUACAAAUCAGUCCAUCAGUAUCAGUCAAUCGAGAGAGAGAGAGAGAGAGAGAGAGAGAGAGAUGGCUGAAACCGUUGUUUCACUGGUGGCAACCAAGCUUUCAGAGCUGGUUACACAAGAGUUGAUAUUGUUGCAUGGUGUGAGUGAUGAGGUGGAGUGGAUGGGAAGAGAGCUCUGUAGGAUUAAAUGCUUUCUCAAGGAUGCUGAUGCAAAAGGAAAGAGAGAUGAAAGAGUGAAGAACUGGGUGAAUGAUGUUAUACAAGUUGCUUAUCUAGCUGAAGACGCCAUUGAUAUUUUCCUCAUCAAGAUUCAUCAAUUCCAUCAGUCCGAUCAGUCCAAAGGUUGCCUAAGUUGCAUCGACAGUUUUAAACCAAGGGUGUUGAUAGCAAGGCAUAAUGUUGGUGUGGAGAUUGGCAAAGUAAAAGAACGACUUAAUGAGAUCAAGGCUAGCAGAGAGGCGUAUGGGAUUCAAAACUUGUGUGAAGAUGGAGAUGCUUUGAACUUAAUACCGGUGAGGAGACUUCAUUUCUCAUCUCAAUCUGAUGAUGCUGAUGUAGUUGGACUCUUUAAUGACCAAAAGGUCCUACUUGAACGACUGAUGAAUCACAAACAGCAAAGGCUUUGUGUCAUCAGCAUCGUCGGCAUAGGUGGUCUCGGCAAAACCACCCUUGCAAAAAAACUCUAUCAUAAUAAUGCUGUUAGCAAUCAUUUUCACAAGCGCAUUUGGGUAACAGUCUCUCAAGAAAAUAGUUUAAUGGGGCUUUUGAAGAAGAUGCUUGAAGAAGUUAAAGCGAUUGAAAAGGAGGAGUUGGAGAAAAUGACAGAAAAUGAUGUGAUAGACACGCUUAAUGACUCGCUAACAACAGAAAGGUUUCUCAUUGUAUUGGAUGAUAUUUGGCAAGAGGAUGUUUGGAAUCAGAUGCGAAGAAGUUUUCCAGAUGUGAAGAAUGGGAGCAGGGUCUUGAUCACCACUCGGUUUCUUAAUGUUGCAAAGCGGGCAGAUCCAGCAAGCGCUCCAUAUGAACUUCCGCUUUUGAAUGAUGAUGAGGGCAUGAAGCUUUUUAUCAAGAAGGUCUUUCCUUAUGAAGAUGCUGAGGCAAACUGCUCCAGUGAAAUGCUUAAUAUUGGCGAUCAUCUCAUGCGCAAAUGUGGUGGCCUACCUCUGGCGUUAGUUGUACUUGGAGGUUUCCUAUCAAUAAAAGACAAAACACCCGCUGUGUGGAGGAGAGUGUUGGAGACGAUGGAUUGGGAGGCAGAAGGAAGAGAAUGUCAAGAAAUACUCGCGUUGAGCUAUGAAGAUCUUCCGUAUCAUAUGAAAUCAUGUUUUCUUUAUUUGGGUGCUUACCCUGAGGAUUCUGAGAUCUCUGGCAAUGAGUUAAUCAGGAAAUGGGUUGCAGAAGGCUUCAUACCACAAGAAGAAAGAAAGACCAUGGAGGAUACAGCCGAGGCUAUUUUAGAGGAGUUGAUUCAAAGAAGCUUGAUUCAUGUUAAUACCAGGAAAAACAAUGGGAGUGUGAAGAACUGUGGUGUCCACGAUCUACUACUGGAUUUUGCAAGAUCUACGGCUAAGAAGGAUGGCUUCCUCACAGUUUGCUCCACUGAAAAUGAUCGACCAACUUCUUGGAAAUUGCCUCGCCGUGUGGCUUUCCACAAUAUCAAUGACACCAUGAUCAAUAAAAUCCCUACAAGGCAUGGAAUAAGGACUUUGAUGGUAUUUCGUUACUGUGAUGGUUCAAUAGUUUCUCGAAUAUUUAGAUUUGAGCUUCUAAGAGUUCUUGAGUUGGCUGCGUUUAAUUUGAGAGAAGGUUUUCCAAAAGAGAUCAAGUUCAUGAUCUAUUUACGCUAUUUCAGACUGCGGGGUACUACUGAUUCAGGCAUACCAUCAUCUAUAGGGAACCUUCAAUGUUUAGAGACCAUCGAUUUACCAGAGGAAACAGAGAUAUCACUCACAUUAUGGAAGAUAAAGACACUAAGACAUGUACAAGUCAGAUGUUGUGAACCACCUCAAAGUCUUGAGCUAAGAAAUCUCCUCACUCUUGGCUCGGUGACAUUUGGAUCCCAUAAAACGAUAAACUGGAGGUUUCCCAACCUUAGGAAGCUGAAAUUGUCAAUAAGUGAGGAACACCAUGGAGCAAUGCUAAACCGUCUACUCAGUGAAUUACCCUAUCUUAUCAGCUUGCAUAUAUAUGCCAAUGAAUAUCAGAUAGAGAUCAACACAAAGGACUUUGCAUUUCACAACCGCCUUCUCUCAAUGACUUUAAAUGGAUUUUGGCCAAAGGGGGACACCAUAUCUGAAUUUCCAACUUGUCUCACCAAGCUUGAACUAUAUCGUUCUGGAUUGGAGGAAGACCCAAUGCCCAAAUUGGAGAGGUUACAACACCUUGUUACUCUCAAAUUCUUUGGAUAUGUGUAUCUUGGGAAAACCAUGGCAUGCUCUUCAGGUGGAUUCCCUAGGUUGGAAACUCUGUUCAUUACCUACCAUGGUAUUAUAUCAAAGUCCAUAAUUCGGGGACAGGUUUCUGCAUUGCUCAAUCUUGAGGAGUGGAGGGUAGAGAGAGGUGCAAUGCCCAAACUUACUUUCCUGAAAUUAGCUUCAUGCCCUAAACUGAAAAUGCUUCCAAAUUUACAAUAUGUGACAAGCCUUCAGGAAUUGGAGUGGACUUUUAUAUCCGAAGAGCUCAUGUGCCGAUUGGAUAAAGAAACAGGGGAGGAUUGGUGCAAGAUCCAACAUGUGCCAAAACUCAACAUUGCAUUUACAGAUUGGUGAAUGUUAAAGUCUAGUCAGUUGUCCCUUGUUAGCAUUGUUUAUCUUCUUCUACCUCUGUUAUUUUUGCUUCUAUGCAUUUGUUUUUCGUUUCCAUAACUCUUAUGGACUGUAAAACAAAAGAGAGAGAAACUCCAAGGUCAGUGUAUGUCCUCUCACUGAUUUCUUGUUUA